GGUUGCUCUUUCCAGAACAUGGUGAUGAGUUUCCGAGUCUCCGACCUGCAGAUGCUCCUGGGUUUCGUCGGCCGUAGUAAGAGUGGACUUAAACACGAACUUGUCACCCGGGCCCUCCAGCUGGUCCAGUUUGACUGCAGCCCCGAGCUCUUCAAGAAGAUCAAGGAGCUCUACGAGACACGCUACGCCAAGAAGAGCGCAGAGCCCGUGCCCCAGCCCCACCGGCCCCUGGACCCCCUGGCCAUGCACCCGACCUACGAGCGGGCGGGCGCGGUGCCCAGGACUCCCCUCACGGGCCCCAACAUUGACUACCCCGUGCUCUACGGGAAGUACUUGAACGGACUCGGACGCUUGCCCGCCAAGACUCUCAAGCCAGAAGUGCGCCUGGUGAAGCUGCCCUUCUUUAACAUGCUGGAUGAGUUGCUGAAGCCCACCGAGCUGGUUCCGCAGAAUAACGAGAAGCUCCAAGAGAGCCCGUGCAUCUUCGCGCUGACGCCCAGACAGGUGGAGCUGAUCCGGAACUCCAGGGAGCUGCAGCCCGGGAUCAAGGCCGUGCAGGUCGUCCUCAGAAUCUGCUACUCGGACACCAGUGGCCCCCAGGAGGACCAGUACCCGCCCAACAUCGCCGUGAAGGUCAACCACAGCUACUGCUCCGUCCCGGGCUACUACCCCUCCAACAAGCCCGGCGUGGAGCCCAAGCGGCCGUGCCGCCCCAUCAACCUCACGCACCUCAUGUACCUGUCCUCGGCCACCAACCGCAUCACCGUCACCUGGGGCAACUACGGCAAGAGCUACUCGGUGGCCUUGUACCUGGUGCGGCAGCUGACUUCCUCGGAGCUGCUGCAGAGGUUGAAGACCAUCGGGGUCAAGCACCCGGAGCUGUGCAAGGCGCUGGUCAAAGAGAAACUGCGCCUGGACCCCGACAGCGAGAUCGCCACCACCGGCGUGCGGGUCUCCCUCAUCUGCCCACUGGUGAAGAUGCGGCUCUCGGUGCCCUGCCGGGCGGAGACCUGCGCCCACCUGCAGUGCUUCGACGCCGUCUUCUACCUCCAGAUGAACGAGAAGAAGCCCACCUGGAUGUGCCCAGUGUGCGACAAGCCCGCCCCCUACGACCAGCUCAUCAUCGAUGGGCUCCUCUCCAAGAUCCUGAGCGAGUGCAAGGACGCCGACGAGAUCGAGUUCCUGGUGGAUGGCUCGUGGUGCCCGAUCCGCGCCGAGAGGGAGCACAGCUGCAGCCCCCAGUGUCCCGUCCUCGUGCUCGGCGCCUCAGAUGCCAACGGGCUCCUGUCCCCCCCCAGUGUCAACGGCAGCAGUGUGCUGGGGGGUGUCAGCAGUGGGCCCGGUGUGGCGGGCGGCAUCGAGAAUGGGAAGCCGGGAGCUGACGUGGUGGACCUCACCCUGGACAGCUCGUCAUCCUCAGAGGAAGAGGAGGAGGAGGAAGAGGACGAGGAGGACGAGGAUGAGGAGGGCCCCCGGCCCAAGCGCCGCUGCCCCUUCCAGAAGGGCCUGGUAUCGGCCUGCUGACCGCACGCCACCAGUCGGACACUCGACUUUCCUGGUGCUCACCAUGCAGAGGGGCGCAGGCGGGCCUCGGGGUACAGUGGGAGGAGUGAUAUAUAUAUAUUUUUUUCUUUUUAUUGUUCAUUUUGUUUUUCCACCCAAACUUUCCCUGGCUCCUGGCACCUGUACCUCUGGACUCUCCUAUCGGAGGAUUAAAAAAACGUAAAAUGACAAAAAAAAAA